AUGGAUCCAGGUGCGUUAAGACAGUCGGGCACAUAUCAGCUGCUGCCUGCGAGUCCGGUAGGCAGCGCCACUGGAACAGCGGAAGUCGAAGAUAUUCUGCGGAAAGAUAUUUCUUCAUUUGCUGCUGAACCUGUCUUCAACAUGAUCCACGUGGAUGAGGAUGAUCCCAUCGGGGCACUUCUCACGAGGCAACUCAUUGUUUCAGAGGUGGACCCCAGCUUUCCAUACCGUGAUGUGCAGAUCCGACGUGGGGUUGACAUGAAGGAACUUUACGACCUACAAAGUGAGCUCGGACGGGGCAAGUUCGGGACGGUGUACCGCUGCCGCGAGCGCGCCACGGGGCUGCAGCUGGCCGCCAAGGUGGUGGCGACGCCGCGGCGCGAGGACCGGCGCAACGUGGAGCGCGAGGUGGACGUGAUGCGGCAGCUGCGCCACCCGCGCCUCAUCCAGCUCUACGACGCCUUCGACAACGGCAAGGUCAUGUGCGUCGUGCUCGAGCUCAUUGAAGGGGGAGAAUUGUUUGAGCGUGUAAUUGAUGAUGACUUCAUCUUAACAGAAAAGGCAUGUACUGUUUUCAUGCGUCAAAUAUGCGAAGGAAUAGAGUUCGUUCAUAAACAAAACAUCUUACACUUGGACCUGAAGCCAGAGAAUAUUCUUUGCCUCACAAAAACUGGAAAUAGGAUAAAGAUAAUUGACUUUGGAUUGGCUCGCAAAUUUGAUCCAACAAAGAAAUUACAAGUUUUGUUUGGAACCCCUGAAUUUGUGGCACCAGAAGUGGUUAACUUUGAUCAAAUUGGUUUCGGUACUGACAUGUGGUCAGUAGGAGUAAUUUGCUAUGUUCUUCUCUCUGGUCUGUCUCCAUUCAUGGGAGAAACAGACAUCGAGACUAUGGCCAACGUAACCAUAGCAAAGUACGAUUUUGAUGAUGAAGUUUUCAAUGAAAUAUCGACAGAGGCCAAGGACUUCAUCCAGCAGCUUCUCAUCAAAGAAAAGGACGAGCGCAUGACGGCCAGUCAGUGCCUCAGCCACCGCUGGCUGCAGCGCAAGCCCCCACCCGGGGCCCGCCGCUCCCGCCCCCGCCGCCCCCUGGACAGCUGACGCCGCCAAAGAUAACUGCGCUCUCUUCGUGAGACCGUGGAACGAGCACCCCAACAGUCCCACCUCUCGACCACGUUCGUGCACACCAUCUCCCCGUGCGCGCCCGGGCCUCGCCCCCGCCCCCCGCCGCUCGC